AAAGCUCUUAUGAGAAGUUUGACCACAAACUUGAUUAAACACGAUAAAAUAACAACAACGAUAGUGAAAGCAAAGCAAUUGAGAACCUUCAUCGACAAGAUGGUUACACUUUCUAAGAGAAAUAGCGAGCAUGCCCACAAUCAAAUUAAAUCGUAUUUAUAUGAAGAAGAAGCUAUCCAAAAAGCUAUCCAAACAUUCCCAGAGAGAUUCAAGGAACGACAAGGAGGUUAUACAUCAAUUGAAAGAUUGUGGAAGAACAGAAAGGGUGACAAUGCAACCAUGGCAACUAUUACACUUUUA